AUGAGUAUUGACUGGAUUGGUUUUGGAUAUGCUAGCGUAGUAAUAUUUGGAGGCAUUUUGGGAUAUCAUCACAAAGGAAGCAUUGUAUCUUUGGUUGCUGGUCUUUUCUUUGGCUUGUUGUCGGGUUAUGGAGCCCACCGUGUCUCCCGUGACCCCCGAGAUAUCAAAGUGUCACUACUCAUGACCUUUUUUCUGACCAUGAUGAUGGGCAUGAGGUUCAAGAGAUCUAAGAAACUCAUGCCAGCAGGGAUUGUGGCUGGCCUAAGCCUCUUGAUGAUUCUGAGACUCGUCUUGAUGCUCACAUGAGAAUCCUCAGCUGCCAAGGACAUAA